CGAAACGUGCAUAACCACUGAUUAAGACACUAUUGGUGUGCAUAUAAAAACGAGGACAUAGACAGAUAAGUAGUGACUCCCGUCUAAGAAGAGCCCGCAUAAAAACGACAACGCCAUGAAGGUUUUCAUUCUUUUGGUUACUUGUGUGGCGUACGCCAGCGCAGGGAUUUGUGAAACCGUCUGCAGUCCUUUGUGCAAAACUGGCGCCACGGCAGCCGGCGCUGCGAUCAGUGGAGGCACCGCGGCUGCCGUAGGCGGAGCCGUCGGCACCGCAGUGUGUGGCGUGAGCUGUGACAAGGUCUGCGACCUGGGCGGUAAAGUGGUGGACUGGAUCGGAGGUCUCUUCGGCAAACGUGAUGCACCACAUACAUGGGUGGUCGUUGCUCACUGGGAGGGCGAAUUCCCAAGACAUUUCAACGAGUAUGACACCAACAGAGAUGGCCGCAUCUGUCACAGAGAAUUUGUCAAUGCCAUCAAUGCUGAAGUGAGAGACCUUGCAGCAUUGAAAGCUUUCAAGCUGGCCGACACAAACGGUGAUGACUACAUCGACAGAGAUGAACUCAAGGCUGCUCCCUUCAAGUUUGCAAAGAACUGAAGAAGAGCUAUUUGAGGAACAUUUAAGAAAAAAUUGCUUUUUCCCCUAAUAGACUUAUCAAUGUUGUUAGUUGAAUGAAAUCAAUAAAAUUUGAAUCAAAAAUA